AUGCAACAAGAAGGCUCUCUUCGUGCCAUCGCAAAUCGCCUGAAUGUGACCCCGGUUGAGGAGCUGCCUCGAAUUUCUGGCUUUCUCGCCACAUCAUUAGCCAACUGCUCUCUCGAAUCGCUUUUCGCAGAUUCCAAGACCAAUGGCUCCUCCGUAACUGUUCACAAAAUCAAGACUCGAAUUAGCUCAUUGCUUCAGGAUCGAUCUGCCGCUGGGCGAUUGACGGCGGUGGUCCUCAUCAAGGCAAUCGUUGAGAAUGCCGGUCAAAGUGGUCUCGGUGCAUCAGAGAGCUGGGUCCGAGGUCUGCUCAGCUGCCUGAAUAAACCGGAUCCAGUCGAGGUCAAGAAGCUCUAUCUCGUCGCCAUUACACGCAUUUUCCUCCUUACGCAAAACCAUCCGAAGUUAUUGAGAGAAAUAACGACACCACUCCUCCCUCCCUUCAUCGCCGCGACUCUGAGCCUGAUCAAGCCAAUUCAGGCCCAGAUUGGAAAGGAAACUAAGCAGACACCGAGUCUAUUGCUGGAACCAGUACUGGAAUGUUACGUCCAAUUGCUACCUCAGCAUGCUUCUGUUUUCCGUCCAUUCCUCAACCGCAUCAAGCCGAUUUGCCAGAGUCUGCUAGGAAGCAGCGCGACCUCCUCUUCGACCCGGGAUGUAGCCACCGACGUGCUUUGCUUGUCUCUGUUAUGUGCCCCGAAACACACACUAUCUCAGGAGUGGACUCAAACGGCCCUGACCAUCAUCGACCACGCUCACGAAACUGCAAGUAAAGUAUUCAGAGCAAUUAUCGAAGAACACGAUUCGAAUGACUCUGCUCAUCAGAGGCCGGUUGAAAAACAGGAUUUCUCUCAAGGACCAAAACAGGCCGAAAAUGAUGCUCUUGGCCUGGGUCCCUGGAGCGGCAUAUCCGAUGGCCACCAGCGACUUGAAUGCUUGAUAACCUGGCUCGAGCGUUUAAUCUCAACCGCAACCUCACAGUCUGUGUCGAUUCCGACAGGUGCAAUUCUAGACCUCACCUCACGUAUUAUGGCGAUAGCUGCCUCCAACGACAGGGCGACUGUCACCAGUAUCCUGAAAUUCAACAAAGAGGCAAGUAGAGAGGAGAAAGACGAGCUCUGGAUGAACCUGCCUCAACACCACCUGGCUUGUCUUCGUCUGCUUCACAUCAUGUGUACGACUUACACGCAAUCCCUCUUUCCGGUGUACCAGACUAUCGCCAGUCACGUUUUAACCUUAUUUUCAUCCAUGUCCUGGCAUGAAAGCAUUCGGCGAAUCGUUUACGAUAUUUUUGGCCAUCUCCUGGAGAACUCCAACAUCCAGGAUUUAGCAUUGAAUAGAUUUGCCUUCUCAAGGCUGAUUACUCAGUGCUGUGAUGACCUCCGAAUAGGAAUUCCCAGCAUCGAAGUUGGGAGUAUUGAUGCGGUGAAAGAUAGGAAUUCCAAAGUCAAGUCUUCACUGCUCGCGGGGGAGAAUUUCCAAGGGAAAGUCGUCGAACGGUGCGAUCUUUCCGGCUACCAGCCCAAUGCAUUCCGAGCAGCUUGGAGGUUGCUGGCGCAGGUCCUGAUGUAUUGUCCAACCUCCCUGAUCACCCGGCAAUUAAGGGUCGAAAUGGAUAGGCUAUCGGUCCUUCUUGAUCAUCAAGACGCUAUGUUGACGAGUGUCAUGCAUCCAGUGCUCCUGGAAAAUGGCAAGGCAAGCAUGGCAAGUUUGUUACCUUUCCUGGCAAGGUCUGGGGCAAAUAGCUUAACCGUCGAGGCUUUACUGAGGCCGCGAAUGCCCGUCACUCAGACAGACGGGCUUUCUCUAGCAGAGCCCAAGGACCCUCACUCCACCGUCGAAUAUGAUAAGGGAGAAGGUGGACAUGCUCAGCCUAGUCAUAUUUUGUCCCAGCCCGAAAACUCUCUGAAGGAGUUAGGAGGCAGUCCUAAUGGAUCACAUGCACCUCCUGUCAGUACGAACGGACAAUGUAAUCGCCUAGAAUCGCGGAGUACAGCAGCUAGGAAGCGUCCUUUCGAUGAUUGUGGUGGCAAUCUCUCGGAAGGGGGUGGCUCUGUUUCUGAAGAGACCGAUUCGACACAACUGAAAAAGCUGCGCGUGGAAGAAUCUUCAACCAGCGACCUUGCUCCGCCAAUGGGAGCAAAUACAAAAAGCGAUGCUGUGACGGUAAACACAAUUUCGGCUAGUGCAUUUUCAUCUGCCAAGGCUGACGACUUGGAAACAACAUCCAAACCUCUUGCACCAAAAGGGAUUCAGGAGGGUAGUGACAGCAGCGAUUUUGAAAUCCCCAAGAUAGAUACAGGGUUUGAUACGGACGAGGAGGAAGAGGAUGAAUUGGAGUAG